GAAAUUAAAGCAGCCAGUGGAUGUUAGUAAAAAUUUGCCCGACGUUUUCAGACAAAUCCGUAUUUGAGCAGUUCGGGAAUUAAUAGCGUCCAACGUCUACUUCUUCCUUUUCCAAAAAUCCCCAAAUUCUGUUGUCUUUAUCAGGUAUACUGAUCUCUGAAUGUACGCAAGUUGGAUUUUCGUCUGAGCUUGUGAAACGCUGAACUAGACUUUGCUGAGCAACAUUUUUACUGCUAGAAAGUGGCAAAAAUUGCUCCAAGUUUAGCCCCAAAGUUACCUCACAGACUUCUUGAAGAGACGUUCAUAUCACUCUUACAGUCAUGUAAGUCCCUCAAGCACCUUCAUCAAAUCCAAUCCCAGAUUAUCACCCAUGGCUUUGAAUACAAUGACUAUAUAGUUCCAAGAAUUCUCUCAGCUUCUGCUUUGCUUAAGAAAAUGGAUUAUGCCCACAAAAUGUUCGAUCGAAUUCCUUAUCCAAAUCUCUCCAGUUGGAAUGCAAUGUUUAAAGGCUAUGCCCAAAACGAAUUUCAUUGGGAAGUUAUUGUCUUGUAUAGCCAAAUGAAGAGAAUGGAUAUAAUGCCUAACUGCUUCACUUUCCCAAUGGUUCUUAAAUCUUGUGUAAAGAUUAAUGCAUUCAGAGAAGGUGAACAAUUGCAUUGUUUUGUGAUAAAGAGUGGAUUUAGAGCCAACCCAUACAUGGGUACUAUGUUGAUUGAUUUGUAUUCUAGCAGAGGAGUGAUAGGGGAGGCUUAUAGAGUGUUUGGUGAGAUGCUAGAAAGAAAUGUGGUUGCUUGGACUUCCAUGAUUCGUGGUUUCAUAUUUUGUAAUGAUAUAGAAACUGCACGUUGCCUUUUUGAUUUGGCCCCUGAACGUGAUAUUGUGUUAUGGAACACUGUGAUUACGGGUUAUAUUGAGAUAGGGGAUAUGGCAAGAGCACGCGAGCUUUUCAAUAGGAUGCCGAACAAGGACGUUAUGUCUUGGAACACGAUUUUGAGUGGUUAUGCCAACAAAGGUGAUGUUGAAGCUUGUGAAAGACUGUUUGAAGAGAUGCCGGAAAGGAAUGUCUUUUCAUGGAAUGGAUUGAUAGGAGGUUAUGCACGCGAUGGGCGUUUUUUGGAAGUAUUAAGUUCUUUUAAGAAGAUGUUAGUUGAUGGUAAUGUGGUUCCUACUGAUGCCACACUUGUGACUGUGUUGUCUGCAUGUGCAAGAUUGGGUGCUGUUGAUUUGGGUAAGUGGGUGCAUGCGUACGCUGAGAGUAAUGGAUAUAAAGGAAAUGUAUAUGUUGAGAAUGCUUUGGUCGACAUGUAUGCAAAAUGUGGGAUUCUAGAAAAUGCAAUUGAUGUGUUUAAAGGCAUGCAUAUGAAAGAUGUGAUUAGCUGGAAUACCAUGAUUGGUGGCCUAGCAGUGCAUGGGCGUGGGGCAGAUGCUUUAAGGUUGUUUUCUCAAAUGAAAAAUGCUGGAGAAAAGCCAGAUGGAAUCACCUUCUUGGGUGUUUUGUGUGCUUGCACACACAUGGGUUUGAUUGAAGAUGGCUUUGCGUAUUUUCAAUCAAUGAUUGAUGAUUAUUCAAUUGUGCCUCAAAUAGAGCACUAUGGUUGUAUGGUUGAUCUGCUUGCAAGAGCUGGGCUUUUAGUUCAGGCUGUGGAUUUUGUUAAAAAGAUGCCUAUGGAAGCAGAUGCUGUUAUUUGGGCUGCCUUGCUUGGGGCGUGUAGGGUUUACAAAAAUGUUGUAUUGGCAGAACUAGCACUUGAAAAACUCAUCAAAUUUGAGCCAAAGAACCCUGCAAACUAUGUGAUGCUUUCUAAUAUAUAUGGUGAUCUUGGAAGAUGGAAAGAUGUUGCACGAUUAAAAGUUGCAAUGAGAGAUACUGGGUUCAGAAAAUUACCAGGUUGCAGUUUGAUUGAGGUCAAUGAUGGUGUUUUUGAGUUUUAUUCUCUAGAUGAGAGGCUGCCUGAGAGCGAGUUAAUAUAUGGAACCUUGAGGGGUUUGACAAAAUUGUUGAGAUCAUCUGGAUAUGUACCAGACUAUAUGGAGCUUGGGAAGAGUAGUUGAAGAUAGAAGUCAUAUUGUCAAGGAUAGUAGAACUAGAAACAUAAUGGUGUUUUCCUCGCAAGAUAUCUUCAUCAAAGUGGAAUGUGUUAUCACAGGGCAGCUUUAGCAUACCAGGUUCAGUCCACCUGCCUGGUCAGAUUGAAGCUAUCCGUAUCUGCACCUUUGCAUUGGUAUUCUUUAACUCCUUUACUUUUGCAAGUUAAAAACAACCUUUGCCAUGCACACUCUGAACAGAAGCGUCAGUGUUAGCUGCUGUUAUAUAGUUUUAAAUUACCAUUUUAUACCUUUUUAUUGAUUUCACUCAUUAGAAACAAAAGCAAACAUGUGAAAUGGAGGUCUAAAAUGCAUGCAAUAAAUCAUAGCUUUAUUAAAAUUCCAACCUGUUAAACAUUACCCGUAUUCAUUGAUUUCUAGUGAAAAUCUACCAUGUCUGAAGUUUUUCUGGAAAAUUCUAGGGAAUGAAAUAGAUUGCUGUAAUCAAAUUAAGAUAGCAUUAUAUCUUCACAAGAUGGACUAGGGAUAAUAUAGUGCAAUGCGAAGUAAUGUGCUUACUUUGCAGCAUAAUCAUUCUUCUACUUGCUGCUCAUUUUGCCAUGUUUGUAAUUGUAGCUGUUAUAUGGAACUACCUUUUUUUUUUCUUUUAAUUGAAGAUGGAUUAUACAUUUCUAGUUGAGAAAAUCUUAGAGUAGGUAGUUCCUUGAAAAUACACUAAACUUUCAGGGAUAAAUUUUAAUAGCUAUUCUUGAACUUUAGACGUUGUAAUAGAGGUGUCCCUGAACUUAAAAAUAAAACAAAAAACUUCUUGAACUUUGAAAUUUUAUACAGUAAAAUCCUUUUGACUCCCAAUAACCGUUUUAUACAAUCUAUAGUGGUGGUGCCCCAGACAAUUCUCUUUCCUUUAUGUGCUAGUGUCAAAACUGGCUAUGAUUCUCUUUAUAGAUCAACCAUGAAAGAAUUUCAUCCGCAUAGGACAAUGAAAUGCUAGAUGUAUAGCAGUUGAUUAGAGGGACUUUACUUUUGAAAAACAAUAGCAAUUGUCCACGUUAUCACAACUCUGGAUUGUUUAUAUCAGCGUGUUACUAAUAAACGGGCUAUUAAAGGUAAGAAAAAUUUUACUAUGUAAAAUUUCAAAGUUCAAGGGAUUUUAUAUUACAUUUUCAAGUUGAAGGACAUCUUUGUUAUAACCCUUAAAGUUCAGGGAUAACUCUUGAAAUUUAUCCAAAUUUUCAGAAUAAAUUUCUCUAAAAGCAUAUGCAACAGAGAAUGUCUUUGUUUAAUCCUGCCCUGUUUUGUUCACCUGAAACCAUUGUUUUUUUGUUGUACUAAUUUAUGAAUCCUUAGAAUUUUAUGCAGUUUUUGUCUUUGUCUAAUAAAAUUAAUUUUUGUGCGAUAUUGUUUCUUAACUGCAAAAGUUCCAGAUCUGCUUCAUGCUUGGUACUGCCCACAAUGAACCCAAGAAGUAAGGCUCUUGACCUAUUUUGGAUGAUAUAAGUUGCAAGUUCUGUAAUGGGUUCACAUUUGAUUUUAGUCUCAUUUGAAUGCCAUAAGAGCCUGCAGAGAUGGUCACCUUGUUGUAACAUAGAUCCUUGCAAUCUCUGUUUCGGAAGAGUUGGUAAGAUGCUUGACCAGUUUUCUUUGUGGUCAAGUUUAACUCAGAUCACAUGAGAUGAAAUAUUGUUGAAUUAACGGAAACAGAUUUUUUUUGGGGAACCAAAAGCUUUCAAGAGUUUUGAGUUGAGAUGCUACCAGUGUCGGAAAUAGUAAUUCAAUCACUUCAUAUGGUUUAUUAAUUUGUGAAAAUUAGUCAGUGGUAGGGGAAGCAUGGUUGUUAUCAGUUAGCAUAUAAAUUGCCCCAUCUUUUGUCCAAAUGUAAUCUGAAGAACCACGUUCCUGAAUUGCAUGGAGUACAGGGCCUCUUCAUUUUGAGUUUCAGAUUGUGGUGAAGAUAGCUGCUAAAUAUCAUGCCCGCUAUCCCCCUUUCUUUUGCUUCUUUUUCGGUUUCUUUCUCUGGCACAAUGUUAUCUUUUAGAAGGUUGGGGAGGGGUGCAGAAAUAUGUUUCUCCGCCCAUGAACAGCAAGAUGAAAGAAAUUAUUUUUUGGUCAUCUGCUAUCCUUUUUGCAUUUCUAGGCUUCCUUCUACAACAAAACACUAGAAGCUCCCUUUGCCUCAGGGGAAGUUUGCAGGUUCUUUGGACCGAAAGGUGGUGGAAGCCAGUGCCUUUUGUUGAUCUAAUGGAAGGAAUGCAAUGAAAAGACCAUGUGAAAAAGGCUCUCUACUUACCCCAGAAAACCUACAGCAGAGAGGACUGAUGAUCCUGAAGACAUUCAGUGCUAUAGUCAAAUCAUGAAUAUGCAAGCCAUGGUGUUUGAAAAAGGAUAUGAAGUACAUUUUAGUCUUCCAGCAGAAUUGAAUUUAAGUGAUGGAUGUUAACAAAAAAAUUUAAGUUAGUUGUUAGUAAUGAUAUGUUUUGUUGCUGGUUAUUAGAUAUUAAAUGCUACUAUAUAUUUGACACUGUUUUUUCUUGGUCAAUUAGGCUCCAAUUUG